AUCACCGGGACCCCGUCCUCCCGCAUCCCCUCCCCGCAGCCGGGCUCCUUGCCCCGGGCCGGCCCGCUCUCCAGCACCUCCCGAAACAGAAUGGGGCGCCACUCCUCCGAUUCGGAGGAAGAUACUAGGACCCGCAAGAAGAAGAAGCACCGAAGGCGAUCUUCUUCCAGUAGCUCGUCUGAUGGAAGAUCAUAUAGCAGGAAAAAAUCAGGAAGGAAGUCCAGAUCUCGAUCCCGGGAGGCACAUUCAAGUUCUCGCUCAUAUGACAAAAGACGCAGACACCGUUCUAGCAGUGGUUCCUCUUACAGUUCGAGGCGGAAGCGCAGUCACAGCAGGUCCAGAGACAAAAUGAAAUCACGCAAGUUCCACAGAUCAAGAUCAUCAAGGUCACAAUCGAGGCACCGCCAGCGAUCUCGUAGCAAAAGCAGUGAACGGUCAAGUAGAAGAAAAUCUCGCAGCAGAUCCCGGGAUAGGGAUCGAGGAAAAGGCAGAGAAAAGACAAAGACCAGAGAAAAAGAUAGAGGCAAGGAAAAGGAAUCCAGUUCCAGUCGCGGGAGCGCUAUAAACCUCAAAGCUGGAUUAGAACAUCUGCCUCCUGCUGAACAGGCCAAAGCAAGGCUACAGAUGGUUCUUCAAGCUGCUGCAAAAGCAGAUGAAGCAUUGAGAGCAAAGGAAAGAAGUGAGGAAGAAGCCAGAAAGCGUAAGGAAGAAGACCAGUCCUUGCUGAUAGAUCAAGUGAAACGAGUGAAAGAGAUUGAAGCAAUUGAAAGUGACUCUUUUAUUCCGCAAGUUUUUCGAUCAAGCCGCGAUGCAAAAGCUCCAGCAGACACUAGUGAGACAAAGCAUGAAUCUGCAAUACUAGGAACUGGGACCAUUGACCUGUUUGAAGAAGAAAAAGAUACGGAGGUCGGAUCUGUCCCAACUGCCAUCAAAUACCUGGAUGAUAACGCUAUUGCUCAUCCAAAUCUAUAUAUUGAUAAGACAGAAGCAGAGGAGAAAUGGUAUAAAAGAUUAAUCUCACUCCGGCAAGAAAGACUGAUGGGGAGUCCUGUUGCCUGAUAACGUGUACAUGAUUCAACAGCCAAGGUGUUGAAUGUCAUUUUCUUUUACGAUACUACUCAUGCAUUAAAUGUUUUUAUUAAAAUGUUGAAGAAAUCUGAA